AUGGCUAAGAUGACGUACCAUCCAUGUUUCCUUCCUGAUACAACAAGUAUCAUUGAGCAGAUACUUCAACCUUCAUUUACUAGAAAGAUCAUGGCAAGAAUUCAGGAGGGAUGUGCAGUGAAAAUUGACUUUGGCACAUCUUGCCCAGGGCAGGAGAAACACCUUUGUGCAGAGGAAUUAUCAUCUACGGUCGUCACAAAGAUGCGGGAGAUUGCAGAGGCAUAUCGAAAACAGCAAAGAAUGCAGCAGUCAGCUUAUUUCAAUGAUUCUCAGCAUAAAGCCACAGUAGAUGAAGCUCAAAGCUUUGCUAACAAGAAAAAGGAGGAUUUCAGUUCUGCAAUAAGUAGGGCCACGCAUUUGCUUGAUGGUAAUAACCAGAAAGAUGAUAUAGUUGUGUUUCAGGAUUAUCUAGAAGAGCUUGUGAGCAUUAUGAAUGGCAUCAAGGCCAUGGACGAAAUUGGUUAG